ACAUUUCGGAUGUAAAUUUGCAAAGCGACUCCUGAAGGCCCAUAUAAAUCUGGUUAUCACUGGAAACAUUUUUGCACUCGAACGCGUCUCAGCCAAUCGCAGCGAUCAAGACAGACAGCUGAUUAUUUUUGUUCGUGUAAAAUGCAGUCUAAAUUAGUAUUUGGCCUCUUAAUAAGAUGAAAAUGUGGAAUAGCAUGCAGGACUGCUUGGCAGUGUGAAUGGAGGUCACCGCAGACAUUGAGUGAGUCUCAGCGGUGAGACACAGAGGGGGAGAGGGAGGACGGACAGCGGCCAGUCGCCUUCAAAAAUGGCGUCUCCGGAGGAAAAUGAGUAAAAAAUAUUAAAACGCGGCCUGUUUUCUUUACACUUCCUCGUUCGGUGUUGGUGUUUUUUCUAACUCUGUUUUUAUUUUACCCGGUAUGUGCAAACUCGUCGUCGCUUUUACUUGAAUUGGCUAAAGAAAGCAGAAAUCAGGGGAGCGAGUACUUGGGGGAAAUAAAGGCAGCCCUGUUUUAUUUUGAUGCGUCGUUAGUGACAGCUAGCAUCUGCUGCUAACCCACAGCUCUGCUCCGGAGGGGGGUGGGAACGAUUUGCAUUCAAAGAAAGAAAAAAAGGAUUUUGAAAUUGUGGGUAUUUCUUUUUGCUCGUCUGUGGGGAGUGAUUGCUACCAACGUGGCCCCGUCGAUUGCAAUCCUUUUUUUUUCUUCUGGUGCUAGCAUCGUAGCAAGGACUAGCCUAAAGAAAGGGGAGGAGAGACGGUGAAAAGGACGCAUUCAAAUCAAAUGUUUAUCAGCAAUUCGUCCACCACCGGCCAAAUCCGCGGCAUCUCCAUCAUGACCAUGACUGAUUUUGGACUAAAGCUGCAUUUGUGGAAAUGAUAAAUGUGAAAGGCGAAGGAAAAGGAGAAAGACUGUCUUUUUUUGGAGGUGGUUGGAUUAUAACCCUGUAGACCCCCCUCUUUUUUCAUCCAGCUUUCUCCUCCUCCCCUCCAUUUCUCUUUCAAUAUGCUGUUUUCCACUCCUGAGGACUUGCUUAUGAAACCGGGGAAAAUAGCCUGAAACCGACAACGGGAAAGACUGGAUUUUUUUUCCGUAAUCCGCGCUGCGACGUUCUCGUUGCUUUCGUCCUCAUCGCACACAUUGUACAGCUCAUAAAUGGAUAGGAAUUACCCGGGAACAGGGUUUGGCGAUUUGGGCGCAGGAGCAGGAUGGAGUUACGAGAGAUCGGCAAAAGCAAGUCUUGUGUAUGGGAGCUCCAGAUCAUCCCACCCUGAGUCUGAGCUCCUUCACCGACAAGCCUACGCCACCCCACACCCUCUGCAGGGCUAUGCUACCAAUCACCACCCAGGGAGCUCUGGCCAAGGCGGAGCUUGGGGAGCAGCUGGACGGAGUUUGGGUCUGUCAGGGCUGUUCGACACUGGCCUGCACCAUGCCAGCCCCUCUGCCCCUGAUGCCUCCGUCAUGAACCUGAUUUCAGCCCUGGAGUCUCGGGGUCCCCAGCCUCCGCCCUCCGCCUCCUCCCUUCUUUCGCAGUUCCGCACGCCAUCCUGGCAGACAGCGAUGCACACACCUGCUCCUCCUGAACUUUUCAUCUCUGGAGCCCUUCCUGGCUCUGGCUCCUUCCCCUCCUCCUCAGCUCUCUCAGCCUAUCAGCAUCCAGCGUCCUUCUCCAGUCGCUCCUUCCCGACAGCCUCCCUUUCCCUCCAGGACACGCCCACAUUUAGUCCCACAUCCAAUGGCCUACUAUCGCCACACGACCCCUUACUACACAUCAAGGCCCCUUCCCAGUCCAGCCUGGGGUUUGAUAGACUCCUGUCGUCACAGGGCGCCGCAGCAGCUGCCUAUCGGGGCAGCCAGGAUCCCACGAGUGCCACAUCAGCCCAGGCAUCCUCUGCCAGGCAUCUGCAGUCACACCAGUUCAACCUGUUGUCAUCACAGCUCCAGGACCAGUCGUCCCAGCUGUACAAUGCAUCAGUGUUUUCCUCAGCGCAGCCGCAGCCCCAGUCCCAGUCCCAGUCCAAUUCGGCUCAGGAACGGGCUGUUCCCCGACAGGACAGCGUUAUCAAGCACUACCAGCGGCCAACGCCGGCUCAGUCCCAGCUCUCAUCUUCUGCGGCCCACUCCCUUCAGCACUACCUCAGCUGUGGAGGGGCGGGGUACCAGCAGAUAGCCCACCACAGGCACGCUGGUCUUUCCUGCAGCCCACUGGGCGACCAGAGCCCCUCAUCUGACCAUAAGCCCCCCCCUCGCACUGACCAGUAUCGGCCAAUCAUCCAGCCGCCCUAUUCUUCCUCCUCCUCCUCUUCGUCUUCUUCCUCUGCUGGGAAAGGUACCAAAAGCAGCUCCAGCAGCGGUUAUUCUUCUGCCAGUUCAGCAUCGUCCUCAAGGACUCCCCACACCCCCCCCUCUGCUUCCUCUACAUCCUCUUCCUCCUCCUCUUCUUCUGCCACCUCUGGGGCACAUCCUUCCAAUUCAAUCCCCACAUCCAGCUCAAGCGCAGCCCCUUCCAGGCAGCAACCCCCACCUCAGCCAGCUCCUCCUCCCCCAGCCCCACAGCAGCCCCCUUCCACGUCUUCGUCAACCCCCCAAUCUCUCCCCAAAUCCUGCCUCUCAGGCUACGGUUCGCCCGUGCCCCCAGUGAAGACCCCCACCUCUGCUCUUACUGGUCAGACCCCACCCCAACAACAGACACAGUCAUAUUCUCCUAAUCAGCCCCCUCCUUCCCACCUGGCUCAGUCUUACGGAGGCUUCAGUUCACCACAAGCCCAAGACCUGAGCUCAGGUACGGGCGGGAAAGGCUAUGGGAGUCUUGGAGGGCGAAGCCAGUCUUAUCCCACUGAUAUGUAUGGAACUGAUUCCGCUUAUGGAUCUCUUCCAUCCUCUCUGGGUGGAGCUGGGAGCCCAUCACUAGGCUACGGCGCCCCGGGUCACUCCCCUGCCCUUCUAAGGUCAAGCGGUUCAUCAGGCAGCGGAGCAUCUGCAGGAGGAGGCAGCAGCGGCACAGGAAGUGGGAAUUCUGGCUCAGGAGGAGGAGCGGGAAAUAGUAUGAGCAAUGAGAGAGGGGGAGGUGGCAGUGGUGGAGGGUCUUAUCACCUUCCAGACUCAAGCCCCUCCCCAUCAGGCAACUCAGGCAUCAUCCGUCCAGGGUUGCACUCCCCAGUGCCCACCUGUCCCACUCAAUCUCCGGGAGGGGCAAGCUCUAAUAAAUACAUCUCUUCAGUUCUCUCCCCCACCUUCCUCGCCUCCCCGCAGGGAUACCCCGACACCAGAGGCCCCAGCUCCCAACCUCAGUCCUACCAUUCCACCUCCUCCAAAACAAAGGCGGACAGCUCCAUGCUAGGAGUGGGCUCUCAGAGAUCCCAAGACGAAGUGGAUGACGACGACGAGUUCUUGAUCCAGCACCUGCUGCAGGCGCAGGCAAGUCCUGCUUCCCAGGGUGGGCAUCACCAUCCUCAACAACAACCCCAACAGACGUCCCAACAAACGCAGGCCCAGCCCCAGUCAGGGCCCUCGAACACUGAUUCAGGCAAAGGGCUGAGCUACGACAUGGGUAAGAGCUCUGAGGAGAGGUACCACCCCCAGAGUGUCAUCCGUACUCACAGUGCCACAUCUGCUGGUAAUGCAGGGUCUGGAGGGUCCAUCUCAGGGCUGGAGAACCAGCUGGAGAUGUCGCUAAAGAAACAACAACAACAGCAACAACAACAACAACAGCAGCAGCAACACCAACAACAACACCAUCACCAACAGCAGCAGCAGCAGAGGAACGAAAGGUCUGUUGGAAGCAGCAGAAACAGUGGAGGGAGGGGCAGCGCUGAACAAGUGCACUCCCAUCUCCAUCACCAUGACAACCUAGGCUCGGUAGUCCACUACGGGCGAGGAGAUCCAUACAGCCAACACUCCCUUGCACCCCAACACUCCUCACAUAGUCAACACGUUUCUUCGCACUCGCAGAUCCCGUCCCACUCCCAGAUGGAGCUCCAGAAGAAGCCGCAGGAGCGAGCUGAGAUCCCUUAUCCGCGUAAAACGCCGGAAGUCCAGCAACAGCAUUCCCAAGCCGCCGCCUCCCUCAUGGACUCUCCCACCGACCAAUCCCGUCAGCCGCCGCACCUGCUUCAGUCGGUGCUGUCCCACACCACCCGCAACAAGCUGGAGCCUCAUCAGCAGCAGCACCACAAGAUGGAUUCCCACCAACAACACCAACAGCAGCACCACAAGAUGGACUCGCAUCGGCAACACCAACAGCACCACAAGAUGGACUCUCAUUCCCAACAGCAGCAGCACUCGAUCAGCCAACAGCAGGCCGUGAUGGAAGGUGGCGGCGGGACGCUCGGCUCGGGUAAACAUCAGGCUCAGUCUCAGUCCCAGGCCACCCAGCUGCAGCUGCAGCUCCAGUCGCAGGCCAUGGAGGUGGCGGCGGCUCACUACAACCAUCAGCACGAUCAGAGCCAGGUCAAACAAAGCUCGGUGGUGUCGUCCUUGGACAUGCUGGAGCGCUCCCUUUCUCAGACCUCCAGCACGGACGUAGCAGUUGCAGAAGACAGACGCGGCGGGGCAGGCAGUGGGGGAAGAAGCGGAGGGAGCAGCGAGCGCCACAGGCAGGAGCAGAGGCAGCACCCGUCCCACCAUCACUCACAGCAACACUCAGCCUCCGAGCUCCACUCCUUCCUCUCUGAGCCCGACAUGGGCUUAUCCACCCCACCUCACAUGCACCACCUCUCACAGCACCACGCGCAGCAGCAACAGCAGCACCCCGGCUCCCAACACCAACAAACCCACUCCCACCACCCUCACUCUCAACACCACAUACCCUCACAGUCAGCCUCAGGCCACUCCCAGUCUCAGUCUGACCCCCAGCAGCCCCUCUCUUCCCAGCUCACCCCCCAGCAGAGCCAGCUGGACCAACAGCGCUCCGAGCAGCACCAGUUUGACACCGUCAGCCCGGUGGAGAAGGCAGACCAGAAUCAGCAAAGUAACCGCUUCGUCCCCCUCACUUCCAUCUGUUUCCCGGACUCUCUCCUUCAGGACGAGGACCGCUCCUUUUUCCCGGGAAUGGAAGACAUGUUCUGUGCAGAAGACUACAAGUCGAGCUGUGCCGGAGGUGCAGGGCCGGGACAGGAGGAGAUGAACGAAAGCCACACCGGGCAAGAGGGAAUGGAUUCAAUGAAAGGCGGACAAGGCGGAGGUGGAGCAGGGGGAAGUGGCGGCGGUAGCUACGACAUAAUGGGUCACCAUGGUGGAGACCAGGGUUACGAACCCUACUGUCACGGCCUGGAAGAGCCCAGCAACAACACCAUGACUCUGGAUCUGGACUCCCUUAAAACCCACGAGCUCCCUUCCACUGUGAACACGGAACAGCUGGGGUUGAUACAAUCUCAGGCCCCGGCUAUGGGUAUGGGCUCCAACCCUGCUGGUCCCAACAACCCUGGGUCUAAAAUGUCCUCUGGGCCAGGAGGACCUGGCCAAGGCGCUGGUCCUGGAGGCCUCCAAUCUCCCAUUUUCUGCUCCUCUCGUCCCAAGAAGCUCCUCAAGUCCAGCUCUUUCCACCUGUUAAAGGAGCGGCGGGACCCCAACACACUGCCUAAGAAAAGUUACGCUCAAGAAUACGAGUUUGAAGACGAUGAAGAUAAAGCCGACCAGCCGGCGGACAUCCGCUUGAACAGCCGUAGGCUCCCGGAUCUGUUGCCAGACUUGGUGUCGAGCUGCAGAAAGGGAGGAGGGGGAGGCUCUCUCAGCCCUUUGAUGGGCGACAUUGACUUUUACCAUGCCUCUGGAUACUCCUCCAUGGGAUCACACUCUCUUAUGCCUCAGGAAGGACCCAAGAAGAGGGGCCGAAAGCCCACUAGACCCAAGAGAGAGGGACCACCGAGACCAAGAGGCAGGCCACGCAUCCGCCCCAUGCCCGAGCCAUACACUCCACGGGGCAUGAUGGGAGAAAUGGGUGCGACAACUCCAGGAGCGGGAUUCACUGUAGAGGGGCGAGGCAGGGGUAGAGGCCGCGGAAGCCGAGGUAGAGGACAGAGGAGGGAGGAUAUGUACAUGGAAAUGAGCGGGAAGGAGCAGGAUCAGAUGCAACACCAUCAGCUCCAGCAGCAGCAGCAGCAUCAGCAGCAGCAACAACAGCAGCAGCAGCAGCAGCUCCAUCACCAGCCCCAGCAGCAGAUGCAUGAGCCCAUUCCUCCUCUGAAGAUCAAGUUACCCAUUGGUACCCUGUCCUCUUCGGAUGCCUUGCUGAGGACGGACUCUCUAUCGGGCACGGACCCCGCUCUGUCGGACGGCUCAGUGGGCUCCGCUCCCUCUCUGGGUUUGAGUCCUGGACCCCCCUGCAGCACUGAAAGCAACAGAAGUCAUGACAAGAACAAGCAGAAAGGCCAGAUGAUGAGUGAAGGAGUGGACGAUGAGGGACUGGAGGACAGGGGCGAUGAGAAGGACUGUGAUUCCAAGGCUGGCUUUGUCGCUUCAUUCUUGGACUUCCUCAAGACGGGGAAGAGACCUCCAGGCUUGGACAUCUCCCCAGGAAUGGAGCAUGACAACGGAGAUACGUCCCCCCUUAAAUCAGGAGGUCUGCGCCCGCUGUCUCCCGCACCUCCGCCGCCGCCACCUUCCUUCGGUGACAGUGAAGGAAACGGGGGUCUGGCUCUGGGCAACUGCCCCAGCCCCAAGCGGCUUGAGGACGAGCUGAAGAGGAACCUGGAGACACUGCCUUCCUUCUCCUCCGACGAAGAGGACUCCGUCGGGAAGAACCAGGACCUCCAGAAGAGCAUCUCCUCGGCCAUUUCUGCCCUGUACGACACUCCUCAGCUGAACUCUAACAUCCAGACUCCUCUACCUCCGUCCCCUCCCCAGCCUCAGCCUCAGGCCACCCCGUCCCCGCUAACUCCCACGCUGCAGCCCCCCACGCUCAGCCCUCAGCCCGCCAUGCACACCCCCAACAACCUGCCCCAGUCCAACGAGCCCGAUGUCCUCCAGCCGGAAGACGACAGAGACAUGGAUGAGAAUAAAGAGGAGGAGGAAGAGGAGGAGGAGGAGGAGGAGGAGGAGGAUCAGAGGAGCGUGGGACGAGAGGAAGAGAGUGAAAUGAUGGAGGAGAGAGAGCCACAGCUGGAGACCCUGGGAGCCCCGAGUCUAGAUGCGCCGCUCCCCGAGAUUCUAUCAGAGCCAGAAUCUCCCGAAGCUCUCUCCGCCCCUCAUUCUCCCGCCUCCUCCUCCUCCUCUCCCUCUCACUCCCCACUACCUCCCCUCUCACUCCCCUCACCCAUGCCCCAACCUGAGGAGGAACAACAGGAGAACUCCCUGCCUCUGAGCCCUGCCGCUCCCACUUCCCCCUUCCCGUCACCUCUCCCACCGGCCAUCCUCCCUCAGCCUGCCAAUUCUCCUACUCCCACUCCUCCUCCUCCUCCACCUCCUUCUCAUCCCACUUCCCCUCCUCCCCCUACUUCGAUUCAGAAAGAGUCUCCCGUGCCGUCCCCAGAGUCCCCCGCCUCUCCCGAAGAGGCUCCAGCUCCUAAGAUCACCUCCCUGCACCUCGCGCAGAAGCAGGAAGACGCCGCCAUCGCUGGAGAGAGUGAGGAGGACGAGAGCGAGAGUGGUGGGGAGGGCAUCUUCAGAGAGAGGGAUGAGUUUGUGGUGCGGGUGGAGGACAUUCGAACACUCAAGCUGGCCCUGCAAAUGGGCCGCGAGCCUCCACCCAUCUGGAGGGUGCAGAAAGCCCUGCUGCAGAAGUUCAGCCCGGAGAUCAAAGAUGGACAGAGACAGUUCUGCGCCACAAGCAACUAUCUCGGCUACUUCGGAGAUGCAAAGAGGCGAUACCAGAGAAUCUAUGUGAAGUUUCUGGAGAAUGUGAACAAGAAGGACUAUGUGCGAGUCUGCUCUCGGAGACCUUGGCGCAGAGCCACAGCGGCUGUCAGACGCCCCCCCCUACCCAGAAUGGCAUCCCCUCCUACUGCCACCCAGGCACCACCCAAAGUGGAGAAAGAGGAGAGAGUGUCUCCGCCGGUGCAGCGCGAACAGAGGGAGAAAACGCGAACCACGACGACAAAAGAACAACGGGAGAAGAAGGAGGCGUCGGCCACUGUGCCCAAAGCCAAGGAGAAAGAGAGGGAGCCUGAGAGGGAGAAGCGAGUCCAGCCACAGCAGGAUAAAGUGGAGAAACGUGCCGUGGCAGAACGAGGAAGAGCGAAGGAGGAGAAGAAGGCGGUGGAGAGGAAAGAGAAGGAAAAGGCUGAGCGACCUCCUAAGUCCAAGCCAGCUAAAGUGAAGGCGGAACCACCGCCCAAGAAGAGGAAGAAGUGGCUGAAGGAAAUACCGUCAUCAUCAGACUCGGACUCAUCGGAGGAGGCAGCUAGCGAGAAUGAAAUGCCAGUGAAAGGCGGAGUUAACAACCGUGCCAUGAGGGAGAUGUUCAGGAGCUACGUGGAGAUGCUGGUCAGCACGGCGCUGGACCCCGACAUGAUCCAAGCCCUGGAGGACACUGACGAUGAGCUGUACCUCCCAGGGAUGAGGAAGAUUGACAGCAUCAUCAGCGAACAGAAGAGGAGGUUGUUGAGGAGAGUCAGCAUGAGCUCUCAGCACCAGGAGAUCCUGCAUGCGUACCCCCAGAUCAUGGUUGACCCCCUGGACUCAGGGUUGGUGAGGGUGCGGCUAAGUGGGGAUGCUUACAACCGCAAGACCCUCAACAGAGUCAAAAAGACCCUGCCUAAACCACAGGACCUUAAACUGUCAGGGGAGACGUAUCGUAUCUACAGUCUCUUCCACUCCCUGCAUCACUAUAAAUACCACACCUUCUUACAGUGCAAGAAAGAGACCAACAGCAUCGAGCAGGCGACGGAGGACCCGGGCCAGGAGGAGGUGGUGCAGCAGUGCAUGGCCAACCAGAGCUGGCUGGACUCCCUCUUCAGCUCCUUCAUCGAGCUGCUCACGCUCAGCACCAAAGCCUGAUUCCACACAAGAGAGAGACAGAAUGGAUUAAAGCGGUUAAAAAAAUAAACUAAAUGAAGAUACGAAAAGAGAUGGAACCCACUGUACAGCCCCCCCCCACCCUAUUCAAAUCUCUAAGAUGUGAGGAUGAAUUUUUAAGAACCCUCGACGGACACAAUGGGUCUGUUCAUGUGACCUCGGACACUGGCCUCUGUUCUUUUAUCUUGUUGUUGAUCACUGACUAAAGAGAUGUCUUACUUGGUGAGAAGGUGGGACCCCUACCGGAUUAAAGGUCACCGGCGGGGUCAAGAGGGAAUUGCUUAAUGAAGGGAGCGAGGCGAAGAGGAGCAGAAACACCAAGUCGACUGAGGAGCCACUGAGAUGUUGUUAUCCUUGUGUCAUGAAGACAAUAGUUCAAAGAGAAACUAUUACCACUUAGUUUUUACAUAAAUUAUUUUUUUGAAGACUAACAUCAGCUGUUGGCUUUUGAAGAGAGUGGAAGCGGGUGAGAAUGCUUUUUAAACUGCGUGCAGAGUGUGCCGUGAGCACGUGAACACUCGUCCGCGAAUGGAAACAUGAAAUGUGUUAAUAAACUCUCUCUCUCUCUCUCUCUCUCUCUCUCUCUCUCUCUCAACUACGUGAAGGGCAGCACCGGUCAGCUGUGUGAUAAUAUAUAAACACAUUUUUAUUAUUUAUAUGAGGAGGUUUUUAACUUAAACUCUCACAAGCGCUGAGUUGCUGCCCUAACAUUUUAAAACCCUUUUUAUUUUCCACAGAUCAGUAUACAGUCAGUAACCCACAUAUCCAAGCCGUCUUCCCCUCUAUACAAAAGAAACAGACGUCGGGACAGAAAUAUUGUAUCAAAUACAGUGGGUGUAAAAUAACGAGGGGAAAAAAAGUAAGAAAAGAAAAAAAGAUAACGGGGAAACUUUAUUUGAAACUUAACAUUGUUGUGCUUCAGUUCAAUCAUCAGUCAUGCAGGUGCAAAGAAAAAGAAGUAAACUAUCCAUUUCCCAUGUGGUGGGAAGAAGGAGUAUAAAUAAGUAAUAUUUAAAGAGGAAAUAGUCAUUUCAUUUUUAUCAUUUUGAUGUUUGUGCAUACUAUGACUUAUUUUGAAAACAAUCUAAUUUUCCAUAAAAAAAGGAAAAAAAAGGCGUGUAAAUAUUGUACAGUUCUUGAUGAAAUUCUUUGUCCUUCUGUACAUUAACUCUCCUGUAUUUGAGAAACAAAUAAAAUCUGCAAAGAACAAA